CCGUACAUCAAUAUUCAAUCCCCUUGAUAUCUGUUUCUCUCAGGAGUCCGAGUCCACCACCAAUCCUUCAACCUCAAAUACAGAUUUCCAGAAUUAGAUUGUGUCGAUGGUAUGGAGCCGACUUCUAGGACGUGAGGGCCGCAACCUAGAACGCGUGUGAUCAAUAUUAGGACGAGCAAAUCUCACAAGUGCACCGGCGUAGUAUCUCGAUCAUGAUUCUGAAAAGUGAAAGAUUGCAGAAACCGAUCUCCACUAUCACUUUUCUCUCUUCGCGAUGCUCGGAGGGUUUCAUUCAUGCAACCCCCAUGCUGCGCUCAUCAUCAUUCUCCCCUACUCGGCCAUCAAAUAAACAUUCAUUGCGUCCGAUCGUGUGACGUGAAACCUGCCCCUGAGGUACACGAUUAAUAUAUCUGCUCCUGUCAAACGUUAUUCCUGUGUUGUUAGCCUUCUCUUUUAUGCUGGGACCGUCAGUUCAAAAUGCCACCCAUUGUUACUGUGCCAAUAGCGCCAGUCUCAGACGCAGACGCAAGUCAUCGCCCUGCGGACCCCAGGUACCGUCUCAUCGACCCUCCGACUCAGUAUCUCGAUAAGCUUGCGCAACAAUGGAUGGUGGCUCGAGGAGAAUCUCAACCUUUCGUCCACUAUACGCUGGAUCGGUUGCCCGAAGGCUAUACGCUCUACGAAAUGCGACGACCGAGCAAUCCGAACACGGCCGACAAGCGCUUGUUCGGGCAUCCAAACCGCGUCUUCUUUGAUUCGCCCAAUCGCUUCUUCCCGCACUUUCUGCACCUUAUGAAGAACAAAGGAAGCAACUUCGGGUGCCCUUGCACUGUUUGCAAUGCCAAUGGGAAAAAACCGUUGGGAAUUCAGGAUAGCCGGUCUGCAUCUGCUGAUAGCUCAGUUCCAAGAGGGCGAGAAAAAUCGAGACUGAUGGAUUCUGUGCGAGACGACAAGGCCGGGAAGGUGGACGAAGAAGGCACACCUGAUGUGUACCGGGCCCUCAUUGACAAGCUCAAGAGAAAGGGAGAGAUUGAUGCGCCAAUCGAAGAGCCGAUGAGCAUGGAUUGGCGAGUCGAGCGGAAACCACUCCAAGUUAUGUUGCAGAGAUGUCGCACACAGGCCCCCUGGAUCCCACGUCAAGGGGAAAUCGUGCUCUUCGUAUUGAGCAUUCCGGAAGGACGCGAAAUCGUCUUCGAUUAUGACACUUCCGAAUAUCGGCUUUACCAUGCGGCUAGCGAGACCUACGAAGACUCUCCCGCAUGGAGGGCGGGCGUUGUUACCCAAGUACCUACGGAGGAGAAGUCAUACGAAGUCUUCAAUCUCGUAAUGGAACCAUCGCAUAAGUUGGGGGUAAAUUACUCGGGGUUUCGCGUUGAAUCGUUGCCGGAUCCCAACGGCGAGGAGAAGUCGGUCCAAAAACAGUACAAAUACGUCCCGUUGCAUUACACACGGCCAUUCGCAUUUUACCAAGAGAUCUUGCGAGGCAUUCCGCGAGAAUCAUGGCAUGCAACCAUUACGAACGCGAUGACCAUCAUGUCAAGCUUCUCCCUCGUCGAUCGGUUUAACUUUCGAGGCAGUUGGCCGGAGGCGGUUGUCAACUGCAGAGGCAUCUACAUAGGGGCGGAACUGAUCUUGGUGGGAGAUGCGGUUCGUCUUUUGCCCCCGUCGGAAAAGCAGGGCAACAUCACCUCGGUCGAUAUCGAUGUACUGCACAUCAAAUCGAUCCGUCUCACGCUCACCAACCUUGACCGGGCAUCCGACAACGAUCGCGACGAGGGUCAUCCGUACAACACAUCGGUUGAGGUUCGCGGCAUCCCGUACACCACCAACCCGAUCGCGAAGUUUGCCGAUGUCUCCCCGUUGAAUGAUAAUCUGGGCCCUCUAGGGAUGGAAGACUAUGCCUCGUUUACACCGUUCUUCCCCAAACGCGCAAAAGGAAAGCUGGUCUGCAUUCCGUUUCAUCGGAUCCUCGGUCGGUGCUACGAUGCCAUUGCUGUGCAGUUGUGGUUUCCAAACGAGCAGCGUAAAAUUGUAGACAUGUCGCAAAAGAAAAAUCAAGAAGUCACCGGAGCGGAACUGCCUAAUAUUACGCUACUACACUACGGGGCGGAAGGUGUCCUUGCCGCCCGACAGUAUUCGUCUCAAAAUUAUCGAAAGAUUGAUCACCGGAGCGGCAAAUCGUGGUUCUGGGGUGACACACGAGUGGAGUCGCUGGAUGUUCAUUCGAUGAGCGGUGCGCCCGUGGAAAGGUUCGACGCGAACCGUGAUCCUCGAAAAUGGCGCCGCGAGAUCCGAGUUUUGGAGGGCGUCGGACCCGCGGGGAAAGUCCGGACCACGGAAGAGAAACGGAAGCUGGUUGAAAAAUUCGGUGUUCCAGGGAGGCGAGGCCGAAGCAAGGACGACGAGAAUGACGUGGCUGCGGUGUGGACCUCGAUCAUUGAGGAAGCACGCUACAACGGAAACGAGGAUGCGGACGACGAAGACCUAUACCAUGCGCUUGGGGCAGAGCUGUUGGCAAGAGAUGGAGAGGCGGAGUGGGCGGAAGAAACGAAGGGAAACAGCAAGCGGAGAAAGUUCUUGGAUGGUGGCAAAAGGGAUGCGGAGGACCACGACAUCAUUGUCAUUGACGACGAUGAGUAACCACCCAACAAGGCCUAUGAUUACAUUGAUUGAAGAACAUUUACCGGAUUCGCUAAAUCCAAAGGCUGGGCUGUGGGAGUCGCCUUCAUCAUGGGCUGCAUCGUAUUCGAACCGGACGAAGCGAUGUCUGCCGGAGAUGGCCAUAACGGCGGCUUCUGACAGUGAUUGAUGGCUGUCUACGAGAGACAGUAUCUAUUCUCGACUACUAGCAGGCAAGGAGAACCCGACAGGUGAAUCGGUCCAAAAGGAAUUGCUUGUAUAGCUAAAGGAUUUGCUAGGAUGUGGGUCCGCUGGUAUUCAAAUACGAUAC